UUUGCAUGUGAAUAAGGAGUAUUAAAAUAACAAGUUUAAUUCGAGAGCAUUUCAGUUACAUCUUCAGCCAGCAACCACGACGAAACAUUUGGGUUCAACAGGGGAGUUAUUGCAGUUUCAUCACUGGAGUAAUUUUUUGCAUGAAACAUUUUUUCCUAGCAAAUGAAGAAGAAGAAGAAUACAGAUGUAAGGGCGAGCUUAAGUCUCUUGAAAGGUGGAGCUCAUGAUUAUUCCAGUACCCCGAAAAAUUAAAAGAUGUUGAUGCUCUCGCGUCCCAGGGGAGACAUUAAUGCAGGCAUAAACAAGCCUACUCCGUCGUCUCGAGCGUUGUGGAGGUUGAGAAGAUUCCAUACACAUUCUCCUCAUGGGACCAUUACCUGUGUUGUUAUACAUUUCCCUUAUUUGAAGAAACUCGGGCAAAUGUCCACUCUUCUAUGAACGAAUUGGACAAGGCUCCAUCUGCUGAAGUGAUAGCUUUUGAAAAGGCUGGACUUGAGGAUGACCACUUUGAAGUGACAAAUGAACCUCAAGAAGUUCUUUAUUAUAAUGUCAAGGUUGAAUUUUGCAAGAAAAGAGGAAGUGAUGAUGGAGCGCAUUACAGAACAUAUCCUGGAGAUUUAGUAGUCAUCUCAAACAAAAAACCGGAAACAGUUUUUGAUUUGAAUCGUAUUGGCUGGAAUUGGACACUUGCUUCUGUUGUUAAGGUCACUGGUGAGAAGAACAAAGAUGGCAGUUUGUCCACAAUCUUGAAAGUCAAAAUGCCUAUAAAUCCUGGAACAACAAUUGGAACCCUUGAAAAAAUUCAUAUUGUUUUCUUAACAAACAUUGCAACAAGUCAAAGGAUUUGGGAUGCAUUGGGAAUGAACAAGAAUUUGAACAGUUUUGAAACCAUUUUGUACAAAAGCUCUCAGGCUGAAAAGGAAUGCUUUGCCUGCUCUCUCGAUGCUGACAUUAGAUCAUCAUCAACUGAGAAGAUAGAGGACAUCUUGCUGUCCAAGCUGAAUGAGUCACAAGCCAAUGCUGUAGUUACUUGUCUUGGAAGGGUGAAAUGUGACCAAAUGUCUCAUGUUGAUCUUAUAUGGGGCCCCCCUGGUACUGGGAAGACAAGUACUGUUAGUAUACUCUUGUUUAUGCUCUUGAAAAGGAAGUGCAGAACACUUAUUUGUGCACCUACAGAUGUGGCAAUAACCGAAGUUGCCUCUCGAGUGGUAAAGCUGAUAAAAGAGUCGUUUGAAGACGGGUGUUCCAAGAAGAAUAUGCUAUAUAAUCAGUUGGGUGAUGUGCUCUUAGUGGGAAGCAAUGAUAGCUUGAAGUUGGGCGAAGACACUGAAGGGAUAUUCCUAAACCAUCGUGUCGAAAGACUUGUUCAGUGUUUGGGACCUGAAAAGGGUUGGCAAUGUUGCAUUCAUUCCACAAUUUGUUUUCUUAAAGAAUCUAUUUCAUGGUAUGAAAUCUUCACAAAAAAUAAUUUAAACAAAAAUAUAGAGUUGAUGGAAAAAGGUGAAACCGUAAAGGAAGUUGCAGGAGCUAUAAAGUCUUUUCCAAAAUUUAUUAAACCAAGGUUUGAAGAAGCAGUAUCACCACUCAGAAGAUGCAUGUUAACAAUGUGUACUCAUAUACCAAGGACUUUCAUCCAAGAACACAAUUUCCAAUCUAUCAUUUCCCUGUUUUGCCUUCUAGAUGCUCUUGAAGACACUAUAUAUGAGAAGAAUACGACGCCUGAUGAACUGAAGGAAAAUUUUCCACAGUCUGUAAUUUCUGCAGUUUCCUCUGAGUCAUUUGUAGAUGCACCUUUUGCCUGCUUGAGCAAGCAGUGCCUCAUCGUUCUGGAAAACCUUCUGCAUUCUUUUGGUGAACUUCGUCUUCCAAGUGGAAAACAUAGAGAAACCAUAGUGGAGUUCUGCUUCAGGUUUUCAUCCUUGGUUUUCUGCACCUCCUCAAGUUCUUAUGAGAUGCAUUUAAUGGAUACGGCACCAUUCAAGUUAUUGGUAAUUGAUGAAGCUGCUCAGUUGAUGGAAUGUGAAUCACUUAUACCACUUCAACUUCGAGGCCUGAAGCACGCAAUUCUUGUAGGUGAUGAGUUUCAAUUGCCGGCGACUGUCCAUAGCAAAGUGUCAAAUGAAGCUGGUUUGGGAAGAAGCUUAUUUGAAAGGCUAAGUGCAUUGGGUCAUUCAAAGCACAUGCUUAAGGUGCAGUACAGAAUGCAUCCUUCAAUAAGCCACUUCCCUAAUUUGAGUUUCUAUAACAAGCAAGUUAUGUACGCUCCAUAUGAGAGUAGCAAACCCCAUGAGAGGCAUUAUCUUCUGGGAAGGAUGUACGGCCCAUAUUCUUUUAUAAGUGUCCCCCCUGGAAAUGAAGAAUUUGAUGGUUUUGACGAUACCAGAAGAAAUAUGGUUGAGGUGGCUAUAGCAGUUGAAAUAGUGCAGAAGUUGUUCAAAUAUUGGCGUAACACGGGAGAUAAGCUUAGCAUUGGUGUUGUUUCCCCCUAUACUGCUCAAGUUGCUGCUAUAAAAGAUAACAUUGGCAGAAAGUAUGACAAUCUUAAUGGCUUUGCGAUUAAGGUUAAGUCUAUUGAUGGCUUCCAAGGUGGAGAAGAGGACAUCAUAAUAUUAUCAACUGUGAGAUCCAAUUGUACUGGCACAGUCGGUAUUAUGUCUAGUUUGCAAAGAACUAAUGUUGCUCUGACCAGAGCCCGGCACUGUUUAUGGAUAUUGGGUGAUGAGAGGACCCUAAUGGAUAGCAAUUCCGUUUGGGAAAGAUUAGUCCUGGACGCAAAGGAGCGCCAAUGCUUAUUCUCUGCUGCCGAAGAUGAUGAUCUGUAUAAUAUCUUAUUCAAAAAUCAAAGAGGGAAGCGGUUACUUAUCUGAUGUUACAAAUGUAUUUGAUGGAAGUGCUAGCUUUUACUUAGUCCCGGAAGAAUUUGGAGUUGGCUCACAUGCAUCAACAUAUCAAAUCGGAGCUAAAAAGAUGAAAAAGAUGAAAAGAAUAAAAUGAUAAGAUAAAAGAAAGAUAAAAAGAUUAAACAGAUAAGAUAAUAUGAAUAAAAUAGAAUGGAUAAAAUAAAAAGAUGAAGAACGUAAGAAAGAUAAAAAAAACAUAAAAUAAUAAAAAAAAUGGAGAGAUCAAUUUUAAUAAGACCACAUUUUUACACUGAUGUUCAUCAUUCACGCACUUUGAUUUGUAAAAUUCAGAUCUUGUUUGUCAGGAUAAUGAUGUCAUUGAGAAGAGUAGGAAUUCUGAAAGCGUGGGUUGCAUCACGGGGCCAGUUUGGUGUAUCCCCGACCAAUCUGCUUGUGAUCCCAAUCAAGCUGUGUUUGAGAUAGAGACAGGAACAAAGCUUUGUGUUAGCAAUCUUGAUUGUAAAGUCUCUGGAGAAGACAUUAAGCUUCUGUUUUCACAAUUUGGUGAUAUAAAACGUUAUACAAUCCAUUAUGAUAGUACUGAUGAGGGAGCAGUGGGAACAGCCGAACUUAUUUACUCUCGCCGACAAGAUGCUUUAGCAGCUUGUGAAUGGUAUAACAACACUAGGCUUGAUGCAAAACCAAUGAAGAUGGAGUUUGCUGCCACAAACAAGGUCACUCACCUUCCUCCUAUUAGUAACUGUGCCCGUGAAGCCCCCCUUAGGCGGAAAGGGAAAAAAAGAGUGCGUGGGAGAGGACGAAGUGGUGGUGGAAAGGUGCUUUCUGCAGAAGAUCUUGAUGCUGAUUUAGAUAGGUACCAUAAUGAAGCAAAGCAACAGAGAAUUUGAUGGAGUUUCCUCUUAGUGUAGGGUGUCAUUCUUUGGUGAAGGCAGCUUGGUCCCUGAUACUUUGUUUUGUUGGUGUGUGUAGUAUGCUUACAUUUACCGUGCAUCAAAUUUGAGGUUGAUUUUAUAUCAAAGGUGGGAUAUCAAAGGUGUGAUCCAUGAUUCAUAAUGCUACCAGUUAAUUGUUAGUUUUUUUUCGGAGGAAAUGUAAAUUUUAUUAGCAC